AUGGCGACAGAGCCGACGGUCUACGGCACGAGCUCCUUAGCGAGCGACGAGCGUCUGAGCGCGCGCCAAACGCGUCGUAACGUCGUGUUCAAGUGGUCGCUCCUGUUCGUGAGCGUCUGUGGAUUGGCCGCUGUCGUCGCAGUCUUCAGCCUCUCAACCAAAUCGAGACCUGAAGCGUCCGUGGCGUCCCUCAAGACGACGACGUCCCCCACGGCCGCUACUCGAGGGUCCGACUCGGAUCUCUCGUGUUUCCAGAGCUCGUACGUCGCCAAUGUGACGGUCAUGAUGGAGCCCAUCGCCGGCCUCAAGUGGACGCGGGCCGUGCACUCGGACGCUGCGUCCGUCAUCACUGUGGACGUGGCCACGCAGUUCCAGGAGAUCAUGGGCUUCGGAGGCGCUUUCACGGAGGCAGCCGCGCUGCAGUUCCAACGGCUGUCGCUUGAGAAGCAGGAGGAGCUGCUGACGCUCUAUUUCGACCCGGACAAGGGCAGCGCGUACACGUUCGGACGUGUCCCCAUGGGCUCGUCCGACUUCUCACGGGCUUCGUACAGUUUUGAUGACGUGGUGAACGACACGACGCUCGAGCACUUUGACCGCGACUUGAAGCACGACCAGGAAGUGCUGAUCCCGUUCAUCCAGCGCGCGCUCGAGCGGCAGCCAGCGCUCAAGUUGUUCUUUGCGCCCUGGAGUCCUCCAGCCUGGAUGAAGCGCAAGGCGAUCGACUACGUGCCGAGUAUGCUGGACUCGGCCAAGCCCAUUGGCUUGAAAGACGACGUGCGGGCGACGUGGGCGCUGUACUUUUCCAGGUUUAUCACGGCUUACAAGAAGCACGGCAUUGCGUUCUGGGGGCUCACACCACAGAACGAACCACAGGCAGAGGUGCCGUGGGAGUCGUGCAUGUACACGGCCGAGUACCAGGCCGAGUUCAUCGGGAACUUCCUUGGGCCGACGCUCGAGCGGGACUACCCGGAGCUCGUGCUCAUGGUGUUCGACCAUAACCGCGGCAGUGUCCAUCAAUGGGCAACAGAGAUAUACAACCACCCGACUGCCGCUCAGUACGUGGACGGCAUGGCUUUCCACUGGUAUGACGAGCAACGCUACAUGGAUGGCGUCGAGUACCACGAGCGCCUGAACGACACUCACUUUGUGGAUCAAACUCGCUUCAUGUUGGCCACCGAGAGCUGCAACUGUCCUGGUGUGGCGCACGGCGACCUUGCGUGGUUCCGUGCGCAGCGGUACGGACACGACAUCAUGACGGAUCUGAACAACUACGUGGCUGGAUGGGUCGACUGGAACUUGCUGCUCGAUCACGAGGGAGGACCCAACCACUUGGCCAACAUAUGCGACGCCCCCAUCAUUCUGACAGAGGACGGCACCGACUUCUACAUCCAGCCCAUGUACUACUUCAUCCAGCACUUCUCCAAGUUCAUUCCUGUGGGCUCGCGCCGUGUCGAAACACAGGUGGCAGCAAAGUUUGUUCGUCCUGGUGAUCCGCAAUUGUACGUGGACUAUCCGUCGAUGCUGGCAGCUUGCGAUGGCAGCUCGCGUCAACAGUGGCGGCCGACGGAUGAUGGCAAGCUCGAGGUGACAGGUACUGGCUUUUGCAUUGAUCUAAAGGAGAUUCCGUGGCAGGGACACCAAGGUCUGCUCGUAGAGUGCAGGUACACGCAGCAGCAUUGGACGUACGAGCUUGACACCGGCCGCAUUCGUUUGGGGGAUUUCUGCAUCUCGCUGAACCACGGCUCAACUGAGAAUGGUGUGCGCAUCAGCACUGACUUGUGCGAAGACAAGGCUGUACCCCACCAGCAGUGGAGGUUCAACGCUGAAGACGGUACCAUGCGCUCAUUCGCGUCGACGACGGACCAGUGUGUGACUGCCGGUUAUGCGUUCGUGCAAGCCGCUGCUUUUGUGACUCCAGAGAACCGCAAGGUGCUCGUGGUGUUGAAUGAGAACACGGAGCCAGUCGAUUUCGAGUUGCAGGUUGGUGGUAACGCGCUGCAGACGACAGUGCCUCGCAGCGCCAUUCGGACGUUUACCUGGGAGUAA